AUGGCUCAACAAGCCGAAAUAACAAAUAAUGUUGAGGAAGUCCACAAUCAGUUGUUUGGAGUGGGCCCGAGAUAUGUAAAUCUAAGCUACAUUGGAGAAGGCGCUUAUGGCAUGGUCGUGUAAGUCCUUCGAAUAAAUUAUUUGAAUCGGAUUUAGAUCGGCUCUGGACACGAUUACUAAAGAGAGAGUGGCCAUAAAGAAGAUUUCUCCGUUUGAGCAUCAGACUUUUUGUCAAAGGACAUUGAGAGAGAUCAAAAUCUUGACGAGAUUUAAACAUGAAAAUGUGAGUGUAACACUUUUGGCUUUAUGGAAAUUGGGCUGGCAUAAUUUUCCAAUUUCUCCCAGCCCAAUUUCACUCAGAGCCCAAUUUUCAUGAAGCCAAACUUCCAAGCUUUCUUCCAAGAUAUAUCAUUCUUUCUGUUUAGAUUAUCAAUAUCCAAGCCAUUCUUCAAGCUCCGACUAUCAGUGAAAUGAAAGAUAUGUAAGUGAUCAGCCAUACUCUAUGUGUGUUUCCCUAUUGUUUUAGAUAUAUUGUUCAAUGUUUGAUGGAAACCGAUCUUUACAAGCUUUUGAAGACUCAGCGUUUAUCAAACGACCAUAUUUGUUACUUUUUGUAUCAGAUUCUGAGAGGGCUAAAGUACAUUCAUUCUGCUAAUGUUCUCCACAGAGAUUUGAAGCCAAGUAAUUUGUUGUUAAAUACAACAUGUGAUUUGAAGGUAUGACUCGUGGCUUGCUGAACUAUGUUUUAGAUUUGCGACUUUGGGUUGGCCCGCGUCACCGACCCAGGGCAUGAUCACACCGGAUUUUUGACAGAGUACGUGGCCACCAGAUGGUACCGUGCUCCAGAAAUUAUGCUCAACUCCAAGGGCUAUACCAAGUCAAUAGACGUUUGGUCCGUUGGAUGUAUCUUGGCCGAGAUGUUGAACAAUCGGCCUUUGUUCCCGGGAAAACAUUACCUCGAUCAGUUGAAUUUGAUCUUGACAGUGGUGGGGUCUCCUUCCCAAGAGGAUCUUCAAUGCAUAAUUAACGAGAAAGCCCGUUCAUAUCUCCUGUCGCUGCCUCAGAAGCCAAAACAAUCUUGGCAGAGGCUGUAUCCGAAUGUGGAAGCCCGGGCUCUGGAUCUUUUGGAUAAGAUGCUUACCUUUAAUCCCCACAAAAGAAUCACCAUUGAAGAUGCUCUUGCUCAUCCAUAUCUUGAACAAUAUUACGACCCCAAUGAUGAAGUCAGUGAUGUUUCUUUCGCAAAACUUGAUCUUGCUACAUCUUUUACUAAUUCGUAUUAUUUUAGCCCGUCUGCGAAGAGCCAUUUACUUUUGAGAUGGAGUUUGAUGACCUGCCAAAAGAAGAAUUGAAGCGACUAAUUUUUGAAGAAACUGAACGAUUCCAAGCUCAGGUUAAUGCCCAAGCUCAUGAUGGUUGA